AUGUUUGAAAAAACCUGGCUACAGAUGAAGAAACGAUUACAUCGAUCUGUCGGUUGUUUUGGAUUUAGAUCUAUUCAUCUUUUUUCAAACACAGCGAUUACCAGUAAAAAGCUGCAAUCCAAAAAUCCCCCUAUUCAGAACUCUGAUCCAGACUCCAAAACGUAUAACAAAGGACGAAAUUUACCAGCAUCUAGUGAUUAUGACCUAAUGUUAAGCAGUGUAGUAAAAGAAAAUGAUGCCUCCUCAUGUUCCACUUCUCAAGUAACCAAUACUAGUGUGCAUAAUAAUAAUUUAUCACACACAAAAACUAGCAACGUCGAGGAAAAUGGAAAAUACUUAGUGUUUGGCGGUAAAGUUUCCGAACCUCGUGCCCCACGUAUUUCUAAUGUCAGAAAACAACAACCGAUGAAAUUUCAAUCUCGUACACUCAGUCCUUCCGAUAAUCAAGAUGUACAUGAAUCGUUGCAAAGAAAUUUUAUCCUUAACUGCUCAUCUGUUUCAACAUUGAAGCGCAACUCUUCCGAAACAAGAAAAACUGAUGAUUUCGAUCUACAAUUUGAAAAGCAAUUAAAUAAUGGUAGUAGACAUUAUGAACUAAAUAAUGAUGUAUCAGAAGAUAUUCACAAUUACUUAUUGAAUUCUCCAUCCUGUACAAAUUUACUAAACACUGUAACUGCCAAAUGUUCAGAUAAAAAGUUGAUUUCCAAGACGGUAAGUCUUGGAAUUCCUACACAAAGGCCAAAUCAUCCUCUAAAACUUUCUCCAUCUUUUAUGGAAUCAACUUCAAUGAAAACUGUUAAUGAUUCUUUGCGUCAUGAAUUAAAGCAUCCAUCUAGUUUCCUGUUUGCUAAUGAACAAAGAGAAAUGGUUGAGGAAUUACAAGCAACAAGAAUUAUUCUUUUGAAACUGAAACGUUUAUUAGUCGAGACUCCGAUUUCGGGAAAUAAUCUUUAUUCUUCGUCUUUCAAACCAACAAAUCUAUGUAACGACUCGUUGCAUUCCCUCAACUUUACCACGUGUCAUUGUAAUGUAAAUCAAAGUCGAUUUCUGCUUGUUCCCUCAGUUGCCGAAGAUAAUCAACUGGUCUCGAAGAGCUUAUUGAUAGCCUUGCACAGCUGCACUUUGAAAAAUCAGAAAUUCUAUGCGCUACCUAAUAACUGUAAAUCAACGUUUUAUCGCUUCAGAACUACUACAUAUCCUGAGGAUUUGGAUACUUAA